UCGUAGAUAAUUCUUAAAGAUUUGAAAUGAUGAGUUGUUACCUCUUCAUAUAAAGAUCUUUCGAAGUUGUAAAUUUUUUCUGCAUUGCUAACUCUAGCGUGAUCAUGAUUACGAGAAAUAAUUAGUUCAUUGUUAAUUAGUUUACCUCGAAAUUUACAGUUUUUUCUUUCUUUGUAUUUACAUAUCACAUACCUAUAAAUAAUGAUUAUUGACUUUCAAAAAACAGUAAAUUAAAAUAUUGAAGAUAAUUCAAUCAUUUUUACUUACAUGCCACCAGGAAAUGCUUUGGAGCACAUGUAUUCAUAUCCAUCGAUACUUAUCAUAGGGAUUCGACGACGCGCCAGAGUUUUUUGACCGUAGUGAAAGCAAAUGUUUGACAUUGCAGUUCUUAUUUUUAUUUUCGUGAUUACGAUUAAAUUUGUCAGUUAUUUUGAUAACACUUUGUUAAUGGUUAGAAGUACUUUUAUUUAUGAAUAAUGUUUAACCCGCAGAUGACUUUAUAUUUAUAUUUAUUUGGACAGUCCAAGAUAUAUAUAGCAUAUAAAUUAAGGAACUACUGAACUCACAUGGUAUACCAUAUUUUAAUGGAGCCGACACCAGUAAAGUAUUUUGCGGAAAUAUUAUACACACAUCCGACUGAAAAAAUAAUUAUAGAGGGCAGUUUGAUUUAAAAGACAAAACACUCUCGGAGUCGAGUGGAUAUUACGCGUCAUUAGUCGAUCAUCAGUUUUAUUCUGCGAUUUCUGGAUUGCACAUUUAAUAAUUUUCUAUUUAACCCUAGUAUCUGCUUCUGAAGCUUAGAAACUAAAAAAAAAAAUAUUAUUUACUACGAACAAGGAAAGUAAUCUUGCUUACGGCAAAAAUGGCGGAAAUACAUGGUGGAUUCCGAUACAGAGUUCAGCGUCGCAAUAAUAAUGACGUAAUUUUAGUCUGCGCUUAUCGUCUUACCAGAUUAUGCACUGGGCGAGCUAUUAAAAGUGCCAAUGAAUUUCGUUUGAUUAGAGAGCAUAAUCACGCACCAAACUUACGUCUUGAAGAAGAGAGAGCCUUCGUGAGACAAUUAUAUGAUCGUUGCGAAUCUCGGUUAGCAAAUACCCGUGAUAUAUACGAGAGUUUAAGGGCAACGUAUGCAGAUGCAAGUAGAACAAUAUCCUGGCGAAGUCAACAAACAAACAUGCGACGAAGGCAGCAUAAUUUUAUACAAAGCUUACCGAGGGUUCUUUCGUUAACCCAUUUGAAAUUGUGUCUUGAAAAUGAUGCCAGAUAUGACAAUUUAACUCAUCACUCGCAUGGUUCUAUGCAAUUAAGAUUUCGUACUCAGAACGACUUGGGUACUGUUGCAGUUAUGGAUGAUUCAGAGUUAAUUAAUAAAUUUGAUCCUAAUUCUACAAUGUACAUCGGUACAACUAAUACUAUUUUACCUGCGGGAUUAGAUGCAAGAGAGACUAAUAAUCGUGCUUUUAAACAGGAAUCACGCUUUUGGUGUUUCGUGGGCAUUCAUGCCAGACAGGUCUGAAGUUAGUUUUAACGCUGCGUUGGACAUUGCAUGUUCUCAAAUCGCUCCUCUAAUGAAUCCAACUAAAAUUUACUAUGACUAUGAGCAACGAUUGAAUGACUCAUUGAGAGCAAAUAUUCCCGGUGCAACUUUAAAAAGAACUUUCCUUGCUUAUGCUAACGUAAUGAUUCAUCGUGCUACACUAUUAAAUGUAGACCUAGCAGACGUGAAUAAUCAAAUAAUUUUUAAAAAGUUGCUCGCUGUUGCCUUACUUCCUGCAGCCAGUAUAGUAACAGGAUUUUUGUGGCUUCGUUCAAACAUUCCUGGAGAGCUUAUACCGAUUUUCGAAGAUUUAUUUGUCUAUUAUCAGGACAAUCUAAUUAAUUUGCUGGGCCCGGAAAAUUUGUCAUUUUAUAAUGACGUUGAUUCUUUCAGUGAUUCUAUGAAAAAUCAUAUUUUUAAUUUAAAUACCUUAUUCAAUAACAACAACAGCGUGUGGAAUUGCUUAAGAAUCUUUGUAAAUCAGAGCAUUCGCUCUUACUAUGAUUUCCACGCGUUGGAUAUCAACGCCAGAGUCAGUUGCACUCCCCGAUCACGUCCUCUUCUGUCACUCAAAAAAUUACGUCGUGUGUGGAAAUUAUUCGACAGAAAUCAGAUGGAAUAUCAGACGUUCUUCGCCUCCACAUCAGAAAUUUUAACAGAAUUCACAAACGAUCUGUUACAUAACGGUGUAGAGCACGCUCACGACUUUCGACUAUUCCAAGAUCGUAAUGUCCAAAUCAAUAUUGAUGCCGAUAAUGUUAACCAUCAACCCCAUUUUGUAGGGCCAUUGGUAUUUGCCGAAGAAACGAUUGAUGAUGUUAGAGCCGUGAAUCGUCGUGCUCAACGAGUUAAUCUUGCAGGCCAGCCGCAAGUUGUUGCUAUCCAAGUUUUCGAUGCACAAGACAAUUUAUGUAUUUUCUGCGUUGAUCGGCCGAUCAGUCGAUGCUUUUCGCCCUGCGAACACCAAGUAGCUUGCUUGGAAUGCACCGAAAAUUGGCGAGCUACUGCCGUUGCAGAUAGAAUUGACUUCACUUGUCCAAUUUGUCGAACUGUCAUCCGAGAAGUGUCCAUCAUACCGGCCGCUGCAGCUUAAAGUGUUCUGCUUAAAUAUACAUAGUUACUUAUUCUACUGGUAUUUUCAACUAAAGUAACUAAUAAUAUUUAACUUCUUUUAUUAUAACUACGAUUAUUUUACUACUUAAAAAUUUCUGAUAAUAAUUCUAAAUGUUCAUCCUGAAACAACAAAAAGAUGUUGUUUCUUUUUUUUUCUU